ACAAAAAUAAAGUUUGAAGGUACAAAAUCAUGAACGAAAACCUAUUCCUUGGAUGCUUACAGAAAGGAAAGAUGGGAUCCUCCAUCGCCAUUAUUAUUAUUAUGUCUUCGAUUUCAAGAAAUUAACAGAACUCUCUUUCUCUCUCAUGUUCAUGUCUUCUUCUUUUAUCUAAUCUCUCUCUCUCUCUCUCUCUCUCAGAAGCCCAUGUCCAUUUUCGUCCCAGAAAAUCCAGGUUUAUUAUUGGCUUCAAAUUCAACAGUUUCCACUAUGAUCAAGCAAUUUCUCGCAAAAAUCCCUCGGAAAUCAUCAAAAUCCAACACAUCAGAUCCCGAUGGGGGCAGUUCUUCAAGUAGCAUAACAAAUGACGUAAGCAACAACAAUGGCUUCCUCAACACAUACAACGCCAUUUCAAGUCGAUUAAACACCGUUAAAAAAAUGUCUUCCUCGAUUUUCCCAGCCAGCAUCAUGCCAGCUGGCGAAAUGAUCGAUCCACGUGUCCCCUUCAAAGAUGUCCAAAAUUCCGAUAAACUAAGACUACUCAUCAGUAAGUUAAAUCUUUGCUCAAAAUUAUAUGAUUUCAGUGAUCAAAAUCAAGAUUCUAUCGAGAAAGACAUAAAGCGACAAACUUUAUCAGAAAUCAUCGAUUUUCUCUCAUCCGAAUCCCCAAAACUCACCGAACCCGCGAUGUUUUCCAUUUGUAAAAUGUGCGGGAACAAUCUAUUUCGCGAUUUCCCGCCAAAAAACUCGGUUUUUUUACAACGUGGUGAAACGGAAGAUGAAGAACCGUGUUUUGAUCCCGCAUGGUCGCAUCUACAACUUGUAUACGAGAUUCUCGCUCGAUUUCUAACCCAAACUUCCCUCGAUCCAAAAAUUGCCAAACAAUAUAUCGAUCACUCGUUCAUAUUAAGAUUACUCGAUCUUUUUGACACUGAAGAUCCUCGAGAACGCGACUGUUUGAAAGCGAUUUUGCACAGGGUUUAUGGUAAAUUUAUGGUUCAUAGACCCUUUAUUCGGAUGGUUGUGAGCAAUAUUAUAUACCGAUUUGUUUUUGAAACUGAAAAACACAAUGGGAUUGCUGAAUUGCUGGAGAUUUUUGGGAGUGUGAUUAGUGGGUUUGCGUUGCCAUUGAAGAAAGAACACAAGAUGUUCUUACUUAGGGUUCUUGUUCCUCUUCAUAAACCGAAAUCUGUGGGGGUUUAUCAUCAUCAGUUGACUUAUUGUGUUGUUCAGUUUGUAGAGAAAGAACCGAAAUUAUCAAGUGAUGUUAUAAAAGGAUUGUUGAAAUUUUGGCCUGUUACAAGUAGUCAAAAACAAUUGAUGUUCUUGAGUGAGUUGGAAGAGUUGCUUGAAAUGAUUCAUACGGAUGAGUUUGAGAAGAUUAUGGUUCCUUUGUUUAGACGUAUAAAUUGCUGUCUUCGUAGUUCUCAUUUUCAGGUGGCUGAACGAGCACAUUUCUUAUGGAACAACGAACACAUACUCCAUCUUAUCAUGUGUAAUCGACAGGUGAUCAUGCCUCUUGUUUUCUCCUCUUUAGAACAAAACUCCCAAAAACAUUGGAGUAGGACAGUUGUCAACCUUGCACAAAACAUGAUGAAAAUGUUGGACGAUGUUGACCAUGAGUUGGUGGUGUCAUGCCAAGGGCGGGUGGAGGAGGACAAGUCAACGUUGACCGUGGCGGCUGAGCGGCGGCGGUUGACUUGGGAGCGCCUUGAAAGUGUUUCAAUCAUGGAAGAAACCGCGACUACUUGUGUUGUUUCUUGCUAGCAAAAGUCAUAUGUAAUAGGAAACCGGUUUUGCUUUAGAUUUCUUCUUGUGUUUUUUUUAAAGGGAGAAGAGCGAAACCGGGCCCGCUUUGUGGCUGCUAGUUAUUUGUGGAGUUUGAGGAUGUUCUUGGGGAUGUUUGGUGUUAGCUCUUGAGGAUGUUCUUGUUGGAUGAAAAUAAAGAGUAUUUGUUGGUUGUUUUAACACUUUGUUUUGUAUAUGAAUUUGGUCAUGUGAAUCCAAUGUUAGUAGUGAU